UUUCAGCGCGCGCCGGGUACAACCUGUUCUUCCGUCCUCGCAGCUCCCUCCCUCCUUGCUUUGGCUGGACAACAGCCUUCUGGGCCGUCUCCCUUCCAGGAUCCCGGGGGCCAGCUGCACCCUCCCGGGAGACGCCGGUGCCUGCACCCGGGAGGGGAAGCUGGAGGAGGCGGAGACAGGGAGGCGCGAUGGGCGGGGGCCGCGCGGCUCAGCGAGAGAGGGGCAGCUGAAGGUUGCAUCUGAGGGAAGGAGGUUUUUGGCUGCUUGGUAACGGCUGCCAGAACCUAGAGAGGCAGAGAGCAAGGCAGCGGCAGCCUGACGUCAGGACCCAGCGUGCCAGCAGCCCCUGCCCGCCGGAGUCAGACCAGAGGCCGGCAGGAGAGGAGCCGCCACCAGCAGUGCGCGGGAGCCCGUGGGGCGCAGCAUGCCCCCUGCCCCCGGGCCAUGGAGAUCGCCCUGGUGCCCCUGGAGAACGGUGGGGCCAUGACAGUCCGAGGAGCAGGCCAGGCCCCCGCAGGCUGCGAACUGACCGCAGCGGGGCAGCUCUCAUGCCCCCCGACGGCGGGGCUGAGCAAUUCGUCCCAGGAGCCGGGGACCAAGGCCAGCAGCGCCGCCGAGAGGGAUGCGGACCCAGGCUUGGGGCUGCUGCCCCCGUUUACUCCCCUGACGCAGGAGCUGCCGCAGCCUCGACGGCGGUCUCCAGAGGACGAGGACGAGGAUGGAGAGGGCGACCCUGGCCUGGGCGUGCCGGAAGACCAGACGCUGGGCGCCGGGGCCCUGCACCAACAGCGCGUCCUCAUCAACAUCUCCGGGCUGCGCUUCGAGACGCAGCUGGGCACCCUGGCGCAGUUCCCUAACACACUCCUGGGGGACCCAGCCAAGCGCCUGCGCUACUUCGACCCGCUCCGCAAUGAGUACUUCUUCGACCGCCACCGGCCCAGCUUCGACGCCAUCCUCUACUACUACCAGUCCGGGGGCCGCCUGCGCAGGCCGGUCAACGUCUCCAUGGAUGUAUUCGUGGACGAGAUUCGCUUCUACCAGCUGGGGGAGGAGGCCUUGGAGCGCUUCCGGGAGGACGAGGGCUUCCUUAAAGAAGAAGAGAAACCACUGCCCCGAAAUGAGUUUCAGCGCCAGGUGUGGCUCAUCUUCGAGUACCCCGAAAGCUCAGGGUCUGCGCGCGCCAUCGCCAUCGUCUCGGUCUUGGUCAUCCUGAUCUCCAUCGUUACCUUUUGCCUGGAGACCUUGCCAGAAUUCCGGGAUGAACGAGAGCUUCUCCGUCAGCCCCCAGUUCCCCACCAGCCUCCUGUGCCCGUGCCCGGAGACAACGGCAGUGGAGCGGUGGCACCCCUGUACGGCCCCACCAUGGCGCCCCUCCUGCCCAGGACCUUGGUAGACCCUUUCUUCAUUGUGGAGACCACGUGUGUCGUCUGGUUUACCUUUGAGCUGCUGGUGCGCUUCUUCGCCUGCCCCAGCAAGGCUGAGUUCUCUCGGAAUAUCAUGAAUAUCAUCGACAUCGUGGCCAUCUUCCCCUACUUCAUCACCCUGGGCACUGAGCUGGCUGAGCAAGAGCCAGGGGGUGGAGGAGGGGGUGGCCAGAACGGGCAGCAGGCCAUGUCCCUGGCCAUCCUCAGGGUGAUCCGCCUGGUCCGGGUGUUCCGCAUCUUCAAGCUCUCCCGCCACUCCAAGGGGCUGCAGAUCCUGGGCAAGACCUUGCAGGCCUCUAUGAGGGAGCUGGGGCUGCUCAUCUUCUUCCUCUUCAUCGGAGUCAUCCUCUUCUCCAGCGCCGUGUACUUUGCGGAGGCUGACAACCAGGGGACUCACUUCUCCAGCAUCCCGGAUGCCUUCUGGUGGGCGGUGGUCACCAUGACCACUGUGGGCUAUGGAGACAUGAGGCCCAUCACUGUAGGGGGCAAGAUUGUGGGCUCUCUGUGUGCCAUUGCUGGGGUCCUCACCAUUGCCUUGCCUGUUCCUGUCAUAGUCUCCAACUUCAAUUACUUCUACCAUCGAGAAACAGACAAUGAGGAGCAGGUGGUCCUGAAGGAAGAGCAAGCAAACCAGAGCCGGGGGUCUGGACCAGACUUGGGAGGCCCUCGCAAGGCCAGUUGGAGCAAGGCUUCCCUCUGCAAACCCGGAGGAUCCCUGGAGAGCUCAGACACUAUCCGCAGGGGCAGCUGUGCCCUGGAAAAGUGUAACCUCAAGGCCAAGAGCAACGUGGAUUUGCGAAGGUCCCUGUAUGCACUUUGCCUGGACAGCAGCCGGGAAACAGACUUGUGAAAGAAAUGCCAGGCAGACUGGUGGCAGCAGGGUGGGACAGGGGUUGCCUCCUGAGCCCAGGGAUUCGCUUUACACCACUGAGUAUUCCAAGCCCACUUUGUCACUGAAGCCUGUCUCUGUCCUUCUGUCCCUCCCUCCAACCCCCAUUUCUCCUCUUCUUUCCAUGACACCAAGGGUCACCUAUUUUUAAAAAGUACCACAUUCCAUGACGCAGGAGCUGUUGAAAUGGUGGGCUCCGUGAGAUGGAUGUAUUUGUAGCCAGUUUCCUAUACCAGCAGAGGGAUAACCCAAACAAAAAUGACUUUAAAUAGCCCACAUCCCGAGGGAUUUUGUAGACUUUCCCCUCCAUGUGUUCCUAAUUUGCUUUACAUAUGGUUAUAUUUGUGUAUAGAGGAAAAUACUACUUUUAUGGCCGGUGAGUAGACUUUUCUAUACUGUAGUUCAGAGAGAGUGAGAGUAUUUGGGUAUAUUUUCAAGAUAUAUAUUGAAUUAUUGGAUUUAUGGACGACAGAGUGAUGUUUUCCUGUGAUACUCAGAGCUCCAGACCCAGGCAAGGCUGCUCUGAUUCCUGUGGCUCCAAACCUGUCUUUCCAGGGAUGUGACACUGGUGCUUUGCAUACAUAAGAAAUAAUCUAGAACACAAGCAAAUCUGAAUUUUUCUGUUCUCCUUAAACAAUUCUUUUAACUUUCUUCAAAAAGCAUUUUGCUGAUAUUGGAGCAGGACUUCUGAUAAUUUAUUCUUUUUAUUUUUAACCCUAGGAAAUAAAAUUUGACUUGGCUAAGGGAAGUGUUAGUUUUUCCAUCGACAAUAUGUUGUCUUUGAAAUUUUAAAUAAUAGUCUGUUCCUUGGUGUUUCUGGUUUUGGAGUCAGAGCAAAUGCCUUGUCUGGAGUAAAAAGCUUGGAAAGCUAAUGAUUUGCUUGGCAACAUCUUUUGGAUGGGUCUCUCUGAGCCCCUGGAGUACAGUUGGUGGGUUCUGUCGGUCUUGGGCUGUGUGUGACACAGAUACCCUGUGGCACACUGUUGGUCUUGUGUUAGACACUUGGUUAGUGUGGAGUGUGGAGUGGCAAACAGGAAAAGGGUAAGGAAUUCUGGCACCCACCUAUAGUCCCACUGUGAUUUCCUAGGGCUUGAUUUCUGGUCUCAUUUCCUGCAGCUUUUAGUCCUCAGUGCAUACAGCUCUCCCAACUCUCCAAAACAAGCCUGAUUAUCACAGGAAGGAAGCUCUGUGUGAAAGUCAUGCCCCGUGCCCGGUGCUCCAUGCCCGGGCAUGGUGAGCAGAGGACAGAGCGAUGCCUUGAUGCUGGAAGGUGGCAGCCAGACUGAAGGGAAGAUUUGCUUGUUGCCAUUAAAGGUUGAUUUGACAGACUAUGACCUAGCCCCAGUAAUCACUGAACUCAGGACUAAUCCCUUUAUUCCCUUUGUACUGCAUGAUUGUGGCAAGUCCUUACAAAAGGUGCAAUACUGGCUACAUUUCUCUUUGGGAUUAGCUCUCAGGAUUCCUGUUGCUACUUUUCCUGCUGAAUAAUUGAAAGCCAGCUUGCUUUACAGCCUCAACAAGGAGUGCUGCUGGUCUGUCAUCACACAUCUUGCAGAAUAACUCAGUCCUAAAAGCUAGUUCCGGGGUGUGCUGAGGUCUCCUUAUGAGUGAGAGAGGAUCCACAACAUUCACGUCUGGGAAUUGCGGAUUUAAAUAUGGCACCAUCAGACAAGCCAGUGUCUGUUUGAAUGCCUGGAGUCAUUUCCAGUCAAAAACUGUUAACAGCCAAUUUGAGGAGGAAACAGGAGGAUUGGGUAGGCAAGGCUGUGCUGUUUUUCAUUACAUCCCCAAGUGGAGGAAGGAGAAUAGAGGCACUCUAUUUAUAAUUUACAGUUUGCCUAAAAGCAGGGCAUCCUGCCAAAGUUCAGUGCCACAGUCUCAGUUCCAGUCCUCUAUGCCUUUAAAGCAAGUGUUUGGGUUUAGUGUGGGUCUAGCGUUCAGGACUGGGACUAAUUCCACCUUCCCAACAGAACAAAGCCAAUGUUACUACUUUCAGCCUGGAGGUCAGUUCCUUUAGGCUUCAGUAAGGAAGAGUGAGCAGCACCUAACUUUUAAAUAUGUCCAGAUGCCUCAAAAUGAGUUCUGUUUGAAUGGAUGGAAUCUUUAGCCCACAAAUAGGUAAAUUUUGUAUACAUAUUCAGGGUGGGGAUGGAGAAAGUGAGAAUGGGGUGGAGGGUCCUCCUGAUCUUGUGUGAGGGAAGGGAUGCCUUAGAGAGGAUUUAUAAAAGGGAUAAGGUGGCUCCAGAGGGAACCUGGGGUUGGGCAUAUCAGUUUGCUCUUGCAGCCUCCCUCCUGGUGGCCAGUGGCAUGAGCCCAGCCCAGUCACUCACAGACAGUUUAGUGUUGCAGGCUCUCUGAAUUCUCUGUGCACUUGUUGCUGCAGGUCUGGAAAUCACUGCCCUCUCUCACUCCAGCCACCAUGGUUUGCUUUUUUCAUGGAAUUAGCAGAAGAGAGAACUGAAUGCCACAGUUUUUCCCCCGGGCUGGGGUUAAGGGCCCACUCUUGUGGCCUCCCACCACUCCCUUCUCUCUUGCCAUUGAUUUCCCACCCACAGCUUUUACCUUCCUGAGGAGAUUAAAUCAAGUAACCUCAGCCAAGCUCUGUAUCCAGAUGUCUCUUCUUGGCUCUCCGGCAGGAAGUCCUCUCUGGAUACAUAAUCUAUCAGCUUCAGCAACUCAGUCACAGAGAGCAGGGCAGCUGCCCCUGGGUGUCCUUCACUGUGUGAGGACAGCAAAACAUUUGCUCCCUGUUUUUCUGAACUCACUGUGUUAUUGCUCAUAAGCUCAUGCUCACUGAGCCCUAAGCAAUUACAUAUACAAGAAAAACAUCUUUCACUUACUUUAAAAGCACAGCCCUGUGGUUCAUCCUUCUGGGAGCACUCCCUGAAACAGAUUCCUGGCCUUUGAGGAAUUUUCCCACACAGAAUUUGCAUUACUCUAAGUGAACCAUGGAAGAUUUCCAGGUUUCUUUUGGGGCAGGGACACUUGGCUCCAAGUCCCCUCUAGAAAUGGUAGAUUUGUGCAUGAUGGACUCUUUUACUUGACCUCUGCAUCCCAUGUCCUCCAAGCCAACUUGUCCCCUGGAUGUGGUAUGUGUGUAUGAUGUACUAGAGAAGUGUCAAGAUAUGGGUCUUGUCCUGGGAUAGUUUAUGUCUCCUGGAGAAGCCCUCAGCAAAAAAGUCAGUGGGGGCAAAGUGUGGCCAAGGACUUCGCAGGCUUCUGCAAGCUCUUGGCACAGAGUGGGGUUGAGCAGGUGGAGUGAGGAAGGACUGCUUACUGGCAGGGUUACUAGGAAGAGGAAGGCAUGGGGCGGGGGGGAUGAAAGUCCUGGUGCAGAGCAGAAUCACUGCUCAAUCCCCGCUGCCACCUUUCAAGGUGGAGCCGAGGUUUCAGGGCCAGAGACCAUAGUGGGAACUCAGUCUUCCCAAGAGCAAGGGAUUCUGCAGUUAUUUAGGGGAGGAGAUGGCAAAAUUUUCAACAAUUGAUAUUUCAGGGUUUAUAGUGCAAGAGGCAAAAUAGAGGCUAUUAUGAAGGUAUUUAUACUGUACAAUCAUUUGGCAUGUAAUCCUUUAAAAAUGUAUAAAUCUACCUCCACUGAAUGGCCAUCCUCCUAUCAUCUGUCAUGCAGAUGGCGGUCUCCUGGGUAUCUAGCUCUACCUGUCAAACCUUGCUUCUUCUCCUCUGAUUUGAUUGUACUCCAUUCAACCUGUAUUUAUCACAAAUGUCAAACCCCUGAUUUGGGGAGAGGACUUCACACUGGCAUUACAGAGACUGUAGCUUUCUUCCACCACCUCAUGGAGAUCAGACUUUCCUACAUGGCUAUGAGACAUAGUACUCUGUUUCCAGGGAGGAGGAAGAGGAUGCCACACUGGAAAUCAUGCCUGGAACUCUGGAAACUGGGCCAUGGGAUGCACCUUGUCUUCUGAAGCUUCUUCUAGGUUUAAGGUUGCACAGGCUGCUGGAUGGUGCAACUUGCUUGUCUUCUUCAUGUGUAGGCUCUUCUUUAUGUCCAGGCUGUAGAGAAGCAUUGGCCUUGCCUCACUUCUGUGUACCCACGGUAGCAUUCACAGGAGGGGUCUGUGUGGCUCUGAACAACUCAACCCAAGACACAGCAGGAUACUCAUUACCAUCCCUUUCACUUAGCAUUUAUUUCCUAUGCCAAAUUAUGGAAUAUUUAAGCCAGAAGCAAUCUAACAAAAAAUCUGGCCUUUCUCUAAUUUUAUAGAUGAGGCAAUGGAGCUGCAGAGAAAAGAGGUGAUUUAUCCAAGGUGACACCCCCAGUUAAGUAGAAUAGGGUUGGAAUUGUUUCCCCUGACUUCUAGGGGAUUUUUCUGAGAAAGUCUACUCUAUUCCAGCAUGCAAAUCUUAAACUCUCAUGGGGGUUCCCCACCAGCGCUGCCUCCUGUGGCAUGUUCUGACCACACCUGUUUAAUGGAGCUGCCUGUGGAGGAUGCCUCUUGGAAAUCAGUCAUGCUUGUGAGUCUUUCUCUGAUUUGAUUUUACUUACUUCAACUAGCAUUUCUUGCAAAAAUCAAGCCUCUUUAGAAUACGAAGCUAUAGCACUGUGAUCAACAAGGUCUCAUAAACAAGCAUUCCACUGUCUGGGAGGAAACAUCAAAUUUCUCAUCUAGUAGAUGUAGUAUUAUCACUCAUGCAUUCUUCCACACAUUCAACAGAUAUUCACUACGAGGCAGGCACUGUGCAGGACAUCAGAAUACCUGGCAAGGGAUCUUCUCUGACCGGUUUUCCAAUCAAAAAACAAGUAAGCAAGUAAAUACAGUAGCAAUGUUCAAGUGGAGGUCAAGGCCAAAGCAGAGGUGAGGGGACUAUGGGGACCUAGGAAGGAGCCUGUGUUCUUUCUAGAACAGAGCUUGGAGGACUCUUGCAGAGCUGGAGUUCAGAGACACACAGGGCCAUCUGAGCACUGAGUGAGAUUUUGGGUCCUGCCCUUGCUCUGUCACUCACUGAGUGGGAUGCAGCCUGGCACUGCGGCACACACUACCCAGAAGAAACGAGAGCCUCUUAUCCAGGGAUCUUUGAGGUUUUGUUGGAAAGUGAGAGGAGGUUUCAGUCUGACUUUUUUCCCAUUAGUUUGGGAGGAAGCUUGACAGAGGCCCUGAGAUGCUCCCUGAUUAUUUGCCAGCUCUCAAGGGACUCAGGCAGUUCAAAGUCUGUGUCAAGAAGCAGAGCUGAGUGAUCUGGGGCUAUAUCCUGAGUGAGGGAGGUGCACAGAGGGGGCUGUGGCUGGGAAGUCAGCGCUGAUGCUGGAUCUGGAUGCUGACCUUGGCUUGGACCCACAGUGGGACCCUGCUGUGUGGUUCUUUCGAGACUAAAGAACUCCAGAGGACAGUGACAUUUCCCCUUCAUCCUGCCAACCCCACUCCUUCAACCUGUCUAGCAGGAACUGGGUCUUUUUGCUGUGCCUCUGACCCCACGUGAGAGAUGUGUUGGCAGAGCCACCAUGAGCACUGACUGGCAGAGAUUGACCAGGGUCCCCUCCCCUGCACAAGCUCUUCAUCACCUCUCUCACGGGUGACAUUCUGGGCAUUUCUGUCUCCCAAGGUGGCCCAAAUCUGUUGGUAUGAGCCUCUCAGUCCAUGGAUAUAAAUGAGAUACAUGAUGCCUUCUGGGAACUUAUCUACUUCUGUGAGCAAGUUCCACCUGCCUAUACUUCAGGAGAUGUGUGCAGGAAUCACUUCAGACAAACCAAAAUUUGACCAAAGAACUAGCUACAAACAUCCUAAAAAAUAGAAUUGUACUUAAAAGUUUGGAGGGAGCAGGAUUGAUUUAAGUCUAGUGGAGUUAUUUCAGCUAAAGUUUCUGCAAGAAGGUAUCUUCAGAAGAGUGGGCCCAGAAAUUAUUCCAAUGUGGUGUUAGUUAGUGUGAGUUCUGUGCCCAAGAAUGCACUCUCCUCCUCAUAAUGCCCUUCUGUCACUUGUUACUCCUUGGACUGGGCACCUGCACAAUGCCUUACCUCCCAGCUGUGAGUGGGCAGCCUGGCAGAUGGCAUAGCUUCUCUGGACACUAAUGACACCUUGAGCUCUGAUCUCAUGAACUGGGAGCUCAGUAGUGAUCUGCUGAACUGCAAGAUUAUACAGAAAAAGAAAUGAACUUGACCAUUUCCCCUUUACCUCUUCAGUUCUACAGAAAAUGAUCUGCUGUAUCUGCUUUGUCUUCAUAGUUUGGUAAUUGUAUAAAUUGUGUCCCAAGGCAGGAUCUGCACUUUAGGGAGUUCUAAGUGCUGCUACUGUUACACUAUUACAAUGUAGCAAUUAUUGUACAUUUACAAAUUAUUCCAGCUCUACAACUGAAGAUUAUACUGCAGCUUGGUUCCAAAGAGUCCAGCCUUUCUCCAGCCAUCCCUUUGGCAGCUACUGUAAACAGCUAUCACUGAUAUAACAUAAAAUAGUACUACUCAGUAAUACAGGACAGUAAUCCUGGACCUGGGCCACAGAUACCCAUGCCCUUGUGUUUGCUUUCUGCACUGUGGAUUAAAUUGCUCAUCAUUACCCUCUGUGCCAUUUUUACGUGACAUCACUUAGACAGUUGAGGCAGGCAAUUUUGUGUGUACUUCAGUGGCCAAAGUGUCCCACUGCAACACAAGCUGAAUAACUGACAUGGACCCCUGGCUAUUGAUUAGGCCUCUCUUCACCUAUUGCUCUCUCCCUCUGUCUCUGUCUCUGUCUGUCUGUCUAUCUCUCUCUUUCUGCAGGGCACCAUUUGUCAUCAUUCUAGUGCUGUUUAUUGUCCUUAUUAGGUUGCCAUGAAGCCACCUGCAGAAUCUGUCUCAUUUGGACAUCAGUUCUGAGUGGGAGUCUGGGUAACACUGUCACCUGCUCCUGGUCUCUCUGCCCCACUUUCACUUUCUACCUCUUGCAUACAGUUCCACAUUAAUCUCUCCAUCACAUCAUCCCAGGCUCCCAAGUAGCAAUUUUAGUCCCUUAAGCCUAACUUUGAAAAUCCUCCUUAGUAUGAUGCCAAAUACAUCUCAAAGAAGUCAUCCUCCAUCCCUCCAGUCCAAAGCCACUUCUUCUUUGGAGCUCCUGUCACAGACACUGCUGCCUCACCUGUAGCUGGUCAUUGGCUGUCCACCAAAGCCCAGAGACUCCAUCACUGCCUGAUGCUUGCUCCUCAGCUCACAGUGCAUCUCAGUGCCCAGAGAUGGCUGUGGCCUCCGCAGCUCCUCAGUAGAGUUUUGUGGACAGCACUAACUCCUCUCCAGGCUGAAAGGACCAGUGCUUCUGGGUCUGCCACACCAAACGCUGCCCGUAAAUGUUUCCUACAGAGGAUCCCUGGCACCCAGGCAGCCAAGGGAGCACUGUUCUCAUUGCACAGUGCCUUUUGUUCUGCCCUGGCUCACUAGGUUCGCAUCCAGGUGCACACGGCUCAAGUUUUCUCUUCCAUGUGAUGCUCCAGUCUUCUCUCAGUCUCCCCAUCCUCUGAGUUCCCCAGAGAUUCCUACUCGAGUUCUCCUGGGCCCAUCCCAGGCCCACAUCACAGUCAGCCAGACAGCUUCGUUCUGCAGCUUUAACAGAGGCUUGCUGGGGGCUGGUUCAUUGGAUUGCUUCCAGGAGAACAUGGAGAAGUCAAGUCAGCCUGUGCCGUGAAUCAGAACCACAGUCUCUGAUGCUUGCCUAGCCUGGCCUCCUCCUGAUAUGGGCAUCCUGUAUUUUGUUUCAGCAAUGAGAAAAAAGUAACUAAGACGUAAGUGUAAGCCGUGAGUGGUUAAUGCGACCAGUGUGUCUUGGUCAUAAGUCUGAACAACUGUGUUAAACAGUUCUAUAGAGAUUUCUUGAGAGGAGCAGAAGGACUGAGUCUCCAGGAAGACAGCCUAAAAGCAUCCUCUUCCUACAUGGGAACUGGCAUCUGACUCUGAAACAGAAGGAAGUUCUUCAAAGGACAAACUACACCAGUCUCAGUGUUGCACAUGUAGAUCCCAAGGGAGAGGAGGAUAAAGGGAAAUUAAGGCUCCAGAGGUGAUUGAUAGAGGUGGACAAGACUCUUCUCUGUGUGCCUGAAACUUCUGUCACUUUUGUGAUAAAGCAGGUGCAAAUCUGGGCUUCUCUAAUGCCACCUUACCUCCAAAUACAGAUGCAAACAUCACUGUUUAGGUUUGUGGGAAUUUUUUGGAAUUUUAGAUCCUCUGCAGGAGAUUUUUUUGAAAUGUUUUAUCAUUGGGAUAUAACAUGUUAAUUGAGGAGAGAAGGCAUAGGAUUUCUUGGUUACCUCUGAAGACCUUGAUGGUAGAAAUUUUCUGGGCAAGUCUUUGAGUCUUUUUGUCCAAGUCCAACUGGGAUCUCAUGUGACUAUGACCUAGAAAUUGGAGAGAUUUCAUUCACUUAGAGUUAAUUAAGGAAAGAAGCUGAUAAACUUGUGAUAAAGAUUUAUCACAAGAGGCCAAAGAAGCAAAGGAUGAAAAGAAAAAGGAGGUGAUAGUCUCAAAGGAGUGGAAGAGUCUUGGGAUCUUUGGGAGAGGAGUUGAGAAGCAAUUGAGGGGUCGUUGCUCGAUGUGAAACUCACCAUCCCCUAAUUCAGAGGACAGGUACUUUGCCAGUCUUGGAAUUAGGAUUAUUCAUGACACUAGGUUGUUUGCCUCUCCAACAUCAGAGCCAGGACUGAUAAUCAGGGCAGAAUCCCAGUGUUCAGAGCUGCCCAAAGAGCUGAUCUCCAAUUAACCAACUUAGGGGAUGGCCUUUUCCUGGAGACCCACCAGCAGAGUGACCUACUGGUCUGGGAGUCCCUGGCAGAAAAUUUAAACCUGAAGUGUGUUCUUUUGAACAAACUAAUAAUGAGAAGGGGCUGGUUGGCAAGAGUUUGCCACUGUGGGGAAACAUCAUUGUAAAAGACAGACAUGGAAAGAAUCCCCUGUUCAAAGGAAAAGCACUGAAGGAAAUGUGAUGUCGCCCCGUUAGUCUCAAAUGAGUGCUCAGGAGACCGGAAUCACAGCUCAAUGACUAACUGGCAAUUUUACGCAUCUUAAACUCUGUGGCUCUCAAGUUCUUUGCUUGUAAAGUGGAACUAACACCAUCUACCUUGUAUUGUUGUGGAUGUUUCAUAAAUGAUGUACAAUUUUUGGAUGCAAGAGCUUUGUAAAAACUGUAAGAUAAUUUGUAGCUUCUUAUUCAUCUUUUGUGCCCAUCAUGGAUAACAGGGAAUUAUUGUUUAAUCUUAAAGUCUAUGAAAUAAAAAAAAUGUUAAGUGGAA